GUCGCGAGUCAACUAAAUUCAUGUUCUUUUUGGUUUAUACAGUCCCCGUGCAAAGGUAGGUUACGAAAUUGUCUCCGGCACAAAUUCGAAAUUACCGCCUUUUUCAAAUGUUCACACGUGCUGCUUGUAUAACCGCCAAUCGGAUCUUAAAUUUGAAGAACGUGAAACAACUAGUUCAUCAGACCGCAGCGACCAUGAGUGGAACUGGAAAUUCGACAUUGUUAACAUCAAACUUAUGGGAUUCUGAUCCCGAGCUGUUCAGUCUUAUACAGAAGGAAAAGCAUAGACAACAGGCUGGUCUGGAAUUGAUCGCAUCGGAAAACUUUACAUCGCUAUCGGUGUUGCAGUGUCUUAGCUCCUGUCUCCAUAACAAGUACUCCGAAGGUCUUCCGGGAGAACGAUAUUAUGGUGGUAAUGAAGUAAUCGAUGAAAUAGAAAGGCUCGCCCAAAAACGCGCACUCGAAGCUUACAAUCUUAAACCGGAAGAAUGGGGAGUCAACGUUCAGCCCUACUCGGGAUCUCCCGCGAACUUAGCGGUAUACACAGGCAUGGUGGAACCUCACGGUCGUAUUAUGGGCCUGGACUUGCCCGACGGCGGACAUCUCACGCACGGAUUUCAAACUCCAGUGAAGAAGAUCUCGGCGUCGUCCAUGUUUUUCGAGUCGAUGGCUUACAAGGUUAAUCCUGAGACCGGCCUAAUCGAUUACGACCAACUCGCUACCGCCGCGAAACUCUUCAGACCGAAAAUGAUCGUCGCCGGAAUUAGCUGUUACUCUCGUCCUUUGGAUUACAAGCGGUUCCGGGAAAUCUGCGACAGUGUCGGCGCGUACCUGUUUUCGGACAUGGCGCACAUUUCGGGAUUGGUCGCCGCUGGAGUUACUCCAAGCCCUUUCGAAUACAGUGACGUUGUUAUGACGACGGGCCAUAAGAGCUUGAGAGGACCGAGAGCAGCCGUAAUUUUCUUCAGGAAAGGCGUGCGAACCGUUAACGCAAAGGGAGAGAAGAUCAUGUACGACUUGGAAACGAGAAUAAAUAACGCCGUGUUUCCGGGCCUUCAAGGCGGACCUCACAAUAAUGCCAUCGCAGCUCUCGCGACCGCCUUUAAGCAAGUCAAGUCGCCCGAAUUCGUGCAGUAUCAAAAGCAAGUGGUCGCCAAUGCCAAGCGUUUAGCGGCAAAACUAAUGGAAAAAGGCUACACAAUUACCACUGGUGGCACUGAUGUUCAUCUAGUCUUGGUCAACUUACAGGGCACUGGUCUGUCGGGGUCUAAAGCUGAGAAAAUUUUAGAAAAGGUCUCGAUCGCUUGCAACAAAAACACGGUUCCCGGUGACAAGAGCGCUUUAAAUCCAUCUGGAUUUAGAUUAGGUACUCCGGCGUUGACCACCAGAGGGCUUCUGGAAAGCGAUUUCGAUAAGGUUGUCGAUUACAUCGAUAAAGCGAUUAAGUUAGGUUUGGAAGCCAGCAAAAUAUCCGGUCCAAAGCUUGUUGAUUUCAACAGAGUGCUUGAUACCGACGCAACAAUUUUGAAGAAAAUGGAAGCUUUAAGGAACGAUAUCGAAUCGUUCAGCAAAUCCUUCCCAAUGCCAGGUUAUCCCGAUUACUAAUUUAGGGGAUUUUUUAUUACUCCUACUUUACGUAUUAAAGCUUUUAUAUUUUUAAAAGA